AGUCUUGUAGACAACUAUCGAACGAUAUGUUUAAGUCUUGUCGGAAAAAUCAGCAACUCAAUGAGGAAAGUUCUGGCGAACGAGACAUAAACCAAGGUCAAUCAAUUUCGGUGAUAUGGGGAUUUGUGUUGACGGUCGCCGUCGUUGGAAUCUACUUCCUGGUAUACCUGAACUGGAUAUCGCUGCCAACGGGAUUGACGACCACCGAUGAAGCGAGCAACCCAGGCCGUUUCAUUGCUCAGGUGGCCAAAGAAAACCUUGCUGUAUUGACCAGCAAUGGACCACGGGUGGGCGGCAGUUCAAACAAUGAAGAGUUCACAGUCAAUUUUCUACACCGUACCAUUAACGAUAUUGUUGAGGGCGCGAAUUCACGACACCAAUUCGAAAUCGAGGUACAACGUCAGAAUGGCAGUGCAUUCUUCAAUUUUCAAAAUUACCCAAUGACCAGCGUCUACCAAGGAGUGCAGAACGUUUUGGUCAAGAUGACACCGGCUGGAGUUGCCGAGCCGCAGCACUAUCUGAUGUUGAGCUCGCACUUCGAUAGCGUCCCGCAAAGUCCCGGUGCCGGCGAUGACGGUACGAUGACUGUAGUGAUGUUGGAGAUUCUGCGACAGCUUUCGAAGGAUGAUAGGCUGUACCAGCACGGAAUUGUGUUUGUGUUCAACGGGUUUGAAGAGAAUGCUCUGCAGGGAGCCCACGCUUUCAUUUUGCAUCCAUGGUGGGAUCGCGUCCGGGCGUUUAUCAAUAUGGAUGUGGCAGCCAAUGGUGGGCGGGAGAUUAUGUUCCAAGCUGGGCCAAAGUUUUCUUUCUUGAUGGAGUAUUACAGAGACCACGUUCCGCAUCCAUUUUGUACGGCAGUCGCCGAGGAGCUGUUCCAAGCGGACCUGGUGCCAUCGGAAACGGAUUUCUACGUUUAUACAAAAAUGGGCGACCGGCCGGGGAUGGACUUUGCUCAUUCUACCUGGGGUUACCUCUACCAUACGCAGUACGACGCGCUGAACACCAUCCCACUGGAGACGCUCCAACACACCGGGGACAAUGUUCUGGCUUUGGUUCGGGGACUGGCGAACGCUCCGGAGCUGAGCGACAUCGAUAAUUAUGAAGGUUCCAAAGCAGUAUUCUUCGAUUUUUUAAAUUGGUUUCUGAUUUACUACCCGGACUGGGCCGGUAUUGUGAUCAACUCGGUCAUGGCGGCUCUGGGACUGGGAUUGAUUUUUGGAUCAUUUGCGAUCAUUGCAUCGGACGCAGGAGUGAGCUAUGGAAGGGUGGUUGCCCAGUUCUUUAUCAACUUCGGAGUUCAGCUGCUGUCGAUUGCGCUUGGAGCUGGAUUUUCUAUACUGAUGGCGGUUAUUAUGAACGCGGCUGGUGGUGCUAUGUCUUGGUUCACUGAAUGCUGGCUGAUCUUUGGAUUGUAUAUAGUUCCGUUCCUUAUGUGCAUGGUUCUUGGACCGAUGCUGUUAAUUCGCUUCUAUAAAAUCGACGAUAUCACUCUCCAAGCACGAAUCAAUUUGUUCAUGUUUGCACAACAGUUGAUAUUCGUGUUAAUAUUAAUUGUAAUGACAGCCAUGACUAUUCGUUCUGCUUACGUCUUCGCAAUCGCUGUGAUCUUCUUCAACGCUUCAACGAUCGUCAACAUGAUCAUUCGAUUCCGCAGUUCGUAUUGGAUCUACAUUCACCUUAUUGGGCAGAUAAUCCCGAUUGCAUACUACAGCAGUUUUUCAUUGACUGUGUUCAGUACUUUCAUUCCGAUGCAAAAUCGAGGAAACGCAGAGUCUAAUCCUGAGUUUUUAAUUGCACUGUUUGCCAUAAUAGUAAUCUUGAUGAUCAGUAGUUUUCUCACUCCACUUGUUGCAAUGAUGCGGAAACCAAUUAUCUACUUCGGCACUUUAGCUAUAUUCUGGAUAAUCACAAUCAUCUUCUCCGUAACCCCAAUUGGUUUCCCGUACCGAGCAGAGACAUCCCCUCAACGAUAUUAUGUAUUCCAUAUCGAACGUAACUUCCACCAUCCAAAUGGAACUAUGCGUCACUCGGACACUCACUUUUACAUCCACCCGCAAGACGUGCACACCCCCGGUUACAUCAUGGACGUCGUCCCUGAGAUGAGUCGCGCCACUCAGCUAGGCGAUGAAUGUGAACGGGAACUCUAUUGUGGUAUUCCCUUCUACCAAAGUACACAUCACGCUCGCCGGAACGUGGCUUGGUGGCUACCGGCAAACACUAACCCUACCUUCCCGACUCCAAUCAAACUGGAGUAUCUUAGCAUAACCAACGUUUCACCCAACACAACUCGAUACGAUUUCUCCGUCGAAGGACCAGACCACAUGAGCUUUUACAUUUCACCAAUUCAACCGAACAAACUGCAAGAGUGGAGCUUCAGCGAAGAGGUUCCGCGCAGUGGUUAUCCCUGGAACGGGCAGGACGUACACUUCAUCAACUAUGUGUAUGGAAUUGACAGCUCACCACACCAUUUCUGGGUUUUAAUCGAACAUGCGUCAGACAAACCGUACGAUGAGCUAACGUUCCACCUGAACAUCGUCGGUCAGUACAUGCACCACGAGCAAUAUCGAACGGACGAAUUCCAACAAUUCGUUGAUAAUUUCCCUGACUUUGCACACGUAGUGGCCUAUCCGAGCUAUCUGGAAAGCUGGCUGUUCUAAGAUAAGAACCACCCAGUAUCGACAACCAUACAACCGUAAACUGGCAAUAAAGUAUUCGUGGAGCUAUUUAAGAUAAGAUAUUUUUGAGCUCUGUGAUU